ACCCCUGUCCACCCCUGCUGGAGACACACAUUUGGUACAUCCCAGUGGUGCCUCUCUUGCUGGCUUGACACUGACUCAGUAGUAUCUCUGUGUUCGGUUAGACACGCAAGGAAAAGAGGUCCUCAGUGAGCAUCUUUUAUCUCAGCCUUCUUGCUUGCGUCGCAUCCCUGGUAUGACCCUGUUCAGUCCAAGACACACGAGCAUGAGUGGAGAACUCAAGUCAAGUCGCUCCAGGGCACCGAGCAAACGGCCCAGCAACACUACUUACAGCACUGAGAUGGACCUGGACUAUGACAGCUACGAGGACUACUAUGACAGGGUAUAUGACUACCAGCGUGUCCCAGCAUCCAUGUCUCCUCUGCCCUCAAUGGGACCGAACCUGUCCAAACGCUCCCGUUCCUCCUCCUACUUGUCCUCUAAGCAGAGACGCAGUCGAGACAGGUCCCACUCCAAAAGCUGCAGAACCCACUCCACCAGUUCCUCCACAUCCAAGUUGGGCACGGAGGAGUUGCAGGUGAUUAAAAAGGAACUGACUAUGAUCAAGACACAGAUUGAUGGACUGCUUGACAGCCUUGACGGGAUGGACACACACAAGAAUGACCACAAAGAGUCCCUUUUACGAGAGGAAAGCCCAGGAUGCUCGCUGUAUUUCAGCAGUCCAGAACAUUCCCUUUCACCCCUCUCCCCACCCAGCUCCCGCCAUCGAAUCCACAGGGAGAGUUCUGUCCAAAGGGGUCCUGAUGAUGAGCACCACGUGAUGAGCAAUCCCAACUCGGACCCUGAAGAGGAAAUAUGAGGCUUGAAGAAGACAACAUGACAUGAAUGAAGUGCCAAAUGUGUGAGGACAAGAGCAGCAAACUAUCAAGCCAACAUCUUUAUUCUAAGCUCCACUGGGAGUGCACAUAUCAAGUGGAACUGUAAAAUUGACUACCGUUUGUGUUCUGUAUCUGCAAUUUUAGUGAGGAAAAAAUCCUAACACAAAUGAAAAUUUGCUCUCACACCAAGUAUUCAUACACUGUCCAGCAGGAAAGAGUUAAAUCUUAUUACCAGAGUAGCAAAGAAGGACAUCUGGAGGCAGCCAUAUGCAUUCCAAUUGUACUGUAGUGUAUUUGCAUGAACACAGAGGCUCCAGCAAUAAUUUAAAUAUUGCAGUGUUUAGCAGGUUAUCCAGAUGACAAAUUGGGCUGCCCUAAUGCGAACAUUAUGUAGUCAUUUCUGUUCAUUACAGAGCUGAAUAUGACAUGUGAGGGUUAUUACAUCGUUAUUCAUGUAGAGUAUUACUAAAAGUGUGAGCAUGUUCAUUGUCUAAUCAAAAACAUGCUUUAGAAGGGAUAUACUUUUACAGUCUAUGUCACAGAAUGAUGAGUUCUGAAUAAGCACAGGCUGUUGAAACAAUGUGCACACCUCAAUAACAGUAAAUCUUAGUAUUCUUAGUAUUUUCAGAAUGCAGUAUGUACUGUUUACACGGAACUCAAACCUGUCACUUCAUACGUUUAGUAUAUCAGACACACUGUACAAUUAUAAAUAUGAAUCAGUUAUUCUGCAUUUGACCAAGAAAGAGGGGGCAGUUGUAUAAUUCUGUAUGUGUUAGUAUGCUAGUAUAGUACUUUUAAAGAAUUAGAAUGCUACAACUCUCUUCAACCAUGACGUUGGCACUAAGCUGUGCCAAGACCAGAUUGGUGUGUAGUGGUGUGCAUUAUUGUACACUUAACUGUAAGUGUCAGCUGUUUGAUUUAAUUUCUUUUUUUCAAAAGAGACCUACAAAACAAUAAUAUUAUUAUAAGUAAUUUGGUGUUUCAUGUUUUUGUUGGCUUUCCUGAAAUGGCCCAAGUGAAAAUACUCAUUGUCACUAGUAAAGGUAUUUUCAUAUUGACUACACAGUUCAUUGAGAGUGUGUAUUUAUUUCACUGAUGCAAACAUGGUGGCAGGAAGUAUCUGCAUAAGGAAAUAUAAGAGUGAGAAAUAUAAAUUUGGACUAUUGUCACAGUUACACAUGGUUGCUGUUGGUGUGACCCCAUGAUGCAGAGAAGGCAAGCAACGUGCUGUCAAAAGGUCAUUUAAUUAGGUACCAUGGAGAAGAAAAGUAUUUCAUGUCGAGCAGGAACUUGGGUAUCAACAUAACACUAUGGCAUACAGUAGCAAAUAAACCAGCACAGAAGGAGUAAACAAAUUGGAACUAAACAGAGCUAAUUAACAAUGAGGAACAAGUGUGCUGGCAGGACAAGGAACAAAAAGUAAAGGUGCUGCAAAACACAUGCGCUUGAUGCAUAGCACCGCAAGGGCCCAGAGACCAAACAGGAAAUACUACCAAAAUAAGAGGACCAGGACAGAAAAUUACACCAAACACAGGCAAAAUAAAGAACAAAGCCCAAACUAGGAUUAUGACAAUUUUCUUGGAAAUGUAAGUAUUUAGAUGGUAUUCAAUGCUAAACUAUUUGCAGCGUCUAUUUAAACUGCAAUAAUAAUGUGUUUAUUAUUGAGGUCGUAGUCAUGAGAGCCAUGUCUAUUUUGGUGUCGCUCCACGGAUGUAGCUAAACAAGGAAACCA